AGCUUCGGAUGUAGGACGAAUGUGACGAUUUUUUGUUCUUGGCUCCAAAACGCCAACAAGUUUUACUUAAGUAGAUAUUUUUUCAUAUUUGAGAUAAUAAUUAUUAACUUAUCGACCGAAUGGGAAGUGAUUUAUUGUGUUGAGUGGACGGGACUACGAAGACGCUCGGAUCAGGAUGUUAAGCAUAACUUGAUUACCGAUGGUGUUAGUUGAUGUGCAGUGCUAAUGUUGUGUACUAAUAAAUACCGGACCUGCAAAGAAAAAACCUGUUUAUUUUCGUUUGUAUGAAUAACUAGAAGAAGACACACCCGGAACUAAGCCAACCCAUUCGAACCAUUAUGGAAAAGUCAAUAGUUUUGACGCUGGCAGUGCUGACGCUGAUUGUUGCCGUACGAGCGGUGGAUAACGAAAAUAUUAACAUCAACGUAAAUGUCGAUCCCGAGUCGAAAACCUACCACCAGUUCAAAACUCGGGAAGGAUCCUUCAACUAUGGUUACAACGUCGCCAAAAAGAAGUUCAAUCAGUUUCAGCACAAAGUUCGCGGACCGGAUGACGUCACGUACGGUUGCUACGGGUUCGUUGAUCCGGACAACGGCACACAUCUGUACCACUACGUGUCCGAUCUGAAAGGCUAUCGCAUUGUAUCGUUCAAUCAAACCACCAAAAUUUACCGGCAACGGGUAGCAGACAGUGUAAAACAACUCCUGGAAGCGGUUGAAGAAAGCCUGCCGUGGGACCGGUUAUACUUCCCGGAAGUUUGCCGUCAUCUCUAUCUCAGCCAGAAAGAGUCCAAUCAGUUCAGUCUACCCGAGGGUGCUAUCGUUGCUAAAGAUGGCUCAGUAAUCUUCGACCCGUCGGCAGCACCAGCACAACCGACGUUCCGUCAGCAACCACGACCGGCAACGCCAAGUCCAGCUACCCCAGCACCAACGCCUCGUCCACCUGCUCCGACGAGAGGUCCAGCCGUUGAACCGCCGAGGUACUAUCCGACUAGUCCGAGACCCCUUGCGACAACUCCUAGAUCUACUGUCGCGAUCCCAAAACAAACUUUUAACGAUGUCCCAUCGAAAAUACCAGUGAAACCGAUUGAACUGAAGCCAGUUGUCAAACCCACCAGUAGGGCGGAGUUCGGUACACGAAGGCCUCCUGAAAAUUCAAUUCUAAAUUUGGCAACAUCACAAACCGAGACCGUGGUAAAACCAAACAACAUCGAUCGCGUUGAUUUGAUUGCAAUUGGUCAAGAUGUUCAGGACGUAAAAGCCACGUUGAACAAACUAAUCACUCAUUUGCUUUCGCGGGAUCACGACUGCAAUACACCUACUGACAACGGUUAUAGGUCAAAUAACAUUCCAGAAUAUCCAACUAGUCACGGGACAGGUCCUACGCAAAGAAUAGAGAGUCAACCAGUGUCACAAGGUCCAGGUCGGCCGGGACAGAUUGCCGCCUAUCUUCCCCUGAUUCUGACGGAUUACGUUUCCGGGACACCCUUUGCGCAUGCGCCGAGUGACCCAAACAUUGGAGGUGAAUCGGUUAGGCUGGCGCUUCCUGCCUACCCUAUUCCCCAAUGUCCGGUUUGCCAGGGGAAAAAGUGAACCAGUGCUUCAAAAUACAUGCAAAAAGAUAAACGAAUUUAAACCUACCAUGUUCGUGAAUCCUUAUAAAAAAUCAUUGGACUCUCUAACAUGUUUAAGAUCUUCCACCUUAUGUGAUUUCAUUCUAGUUGCAAACUUUACUCAAUAAAUAUUAAG